AUGUCCAACGACAUUCAAACCACCGACUUAGAACCCGGUGAUUCCUCAGGCACCACUCUGGCACGAGAAAAGACAAACUUGUCCUACAGCUACGACAACAGAAAAGGAUGGCGACGAUGGAGAGUCUUUCACCCUGGUAGAGGAAUGUAUCACGACGUAAAGAGACGACUACCGUAUUACUGGAGCGACAUCACAGAUGCUUUCACUUACCGUGUGGUUGCCAGUACUAUUCGCAUGUACUUUGUCAAUCUUCUUCCAGCUAUAGCGUACACACUUGACAUGUAUCGGCGAACGGGACAGUUUUUCGGCAUAAACGAAGCUCUCUUUUCCUCAGCACUAGCAGCGGUUGUCUUCAGUCUUCUCAGUACACAACCUCUUACUAUUGUUGGCGUAACAGGUCUCAUCUCUUUGUUCAACUUUACCAUAUACGAUAUUAUCAGCAUUUAUGAUGCCUCGAUCUAUCCCCAGUUCAUGGCAUGGACUGGUAUAUGGGCGGCCAUUUUUCACUGGCUUGUGGCCAUCUUCAACACAUGCGAUUACAUGCGAUAUGUCACUGACUUCUCGAGUGAGGCAUUCGGGAUGUAUGUCGGAAUCAUCUACAUCAUCAAGGGUGUAGAAGAGUUGGUAAACGAGUUUGACCAAGAAGGGUCUGCGGCAGGCUACCUCGCCUGCAUCAUAGCAAUUCUUUACUUUGGUACAGUGUAUGGUCUCGAGAAGCUAGGCUCCAGUACUGUUUGGAAACCAGAUGUCCGAACCAUUCUUGCUGAUUAUGCUUAUGUGUUUGGAACCCUCUUUUGGGUCGGCUUCUCUCACUUCCCCGGUAGACUCGAGGCGACACACAUAGAACGCGUUCCUGUCACUAAAGCUUUUUACCCGACACAGUCUAGAAACUGGCUUAUCGACUUUUGGAACUUGGAAGCGAAAUGGGUGUUUAUAGCGCUGCCAUUCGGGUUCUUGACUAUGCUUUUGUUCUAUUAUGAUCACAACGUCAGUAGUAUAACCGCACAAGCCCGUCAGUAUCCGCUCAAGAAGCCCGGUGGCUUUCACUGGGACUUCUUCCUUCUCGGUUGUACAACAUUUGUUUCGGGGAUUCUUGGACUUCCAAUGCCAAAUGGCUUGGUACCACAAGCACCUGUUCACACAGACUCCCUCACUGUCUACGAAACAGAAGUCAAGAUCAUUCCGACAUCCGAAGGCGAAGAUAGUGAGAUUCGCCGCCCUGUUGUACGAGCUGCGGCUGUAGUCGAGCAACGUGUUUCGCAUUUCCUUAUGGGUCUUGGAUUGAUUGGUACAAUGACUGGACCCUUGCUUGUGGUACUUCACACUAUGCCAGCUGCCGUCUUUGCAGGUGUGUUCUUUGUAGUUGGUUGGGGUUCGAUUGAGUCGAAUGGUAUCCUUCGAAAGUUCAUAUAUCUUCAGUCCGAAGAACGUUUUGUCCAGUGCGACGAGCCACUUCUUCGCGUUAGGAGACGCAAGAUCAUUCUUUUCAUCAGUAUCCAGCUCAUUGGGGUCUUUGCUUGUGUUGCUAUCUCGCAUACUUUCGCAGCCAUUGGCUUUCCUGUCUUGAUCAUCUUACUAAUUCCUCUACGCAUCAUCAUCGUACCUCGCUGGUUCAGUCUCCAAGAACUGGAGGUCCUAGAUGAUUUUACUGCGACUAACAAGGCUGUUCUUGCCAGCUUGGGUGGUCAGCCUGUCCUCCCGGAGCACUCAAAGGAGGAGGAUUGGGGAGUUAAGAGAAGACAUAGUGAGGAUCAGCAUGGUGUUGCUCGCCAACGCGCCGGAAGUAUUCACCUAUGA